GUGCCGUUAGUUGGCUUCGAAUGCCUGGUCACAUUUCACGUCAUGGUAAACGGCAUAACGCCCCAGACUAAAAGAAUUUGAUUGGCUCAUCGAUUGCCGAUGUUCCUAUUCUUGUCUUUGUUGCUCUCCGCCAACAGAACAUCAUUGACCAACAAUGCUAAGUAUUUGACACUCCCUGCCUGACCUUUCGCUGCAUGCAUCACAUUUCGCUUGGGGCCAGAUCUAAAUCAGUGCUUGCCACGCCUCAGUCUAGCUGCAGCAUCUAACUCACCUAUUGUGCGUUUUGACUCCUGUGCCGCCAAUGGCUAGGGACGCUAUCAGCUAUUCCUUGUUCACUGUGAUGGAAACAAGCCGGCUCCUACCUGUGAUUGGCUCAUUAUUGAAGACAAGGGGUUGGCCCGUCGUGACUAAAAUUGUCACAGCAGAUAGCUAAUGCCCCAAGAACGGAAUGAUGGGAUUUUAGCGCCUCUAUCUCCAAACCCAUGGCCAAGCAGGUAAUAGCCAGGUCUAUAUUACUGCACUCUGCCUUCUCGUAGGCACACCGCCGUGUUGGUUGCGACCUCACGACAGCGGUGCUGCAACUUUCGAAAUGAAAGCGCGGGGAAGCGGAGGGCUGAUUCUGGCAGCGGAUUCCACUCACUUCAUCCCAUUGACAAGGGGUUUUGGCAAACCUCCGACAAUCAGCAAGGGUGUUCACUCCAGGUCACAUUUUCGCGAAGUUUCUCUCGUGAUGAGAAACAGUUUCGAGGUAACUCAUCCAAUCUGAUCCGUGAUCAGAGCAGGCCGGCAACAGUCAAGUAGCAUCUCGACAUGCGGAGGUCCAGUGAUUGAUCAGCAUGAUAGGCCAAAGAGCAUUGCAUGGCAAAAAUAACUCCGUCAGCGGGUCCGAAUACUACCCUUGCGGGUAAUAUACUCAACCUGUGACUGGAAAGAUAGCAUUGUAGGCGAUCAUUGCAUGUUAUACGGCAUGUUCGCUUCAUUUAUGUAAUCAGCACGGAAUAUAGCGAGCACUGGGGCUUUUCUCGUUGCGAAUGUGCUUCUGAAGGCUGCCGAAGUGUAGUCGACUGCCGAGUUGCAUCCUAGUCUAUCAACACUGCCCAAGUAAGAGAUUACUUCUGAGCUACGGGUCAAAUUUUAGGAAAACUGACCCUGGCUAUUGGUUUCAAGAUGUCCCUCCUUUCUAUGCUUAGGCGCUUUGUUCUUUUGACACAAACGCCCUCGAAAGUGCCGCCGGCGUCCGCGGAAGAUGUGCAAUUGAAAAUAACUAUCAUGAUCAAGCGUGGCGUGAUUGAGUGUCCACGUUGGAGCCAAGCCGCAAACAGUCAACGGCAUACUAUGAGAUCCCGGAAGGCCAACAAGGCGAAGCCAAACCCUUCAUGUAAUGCUUUGCCUAGUUUAUGGAUAGCCUUGAAUGGUUUGUUAGCGAUGGAUUUGUUGGAUGGGAUGUGGCCUUCGUAUGAUGCCUUAUCUUGAAAUAUGCCACUCUGCCACUAUCGUGCACCGAAUACUGUCUUCUGCGUUGUCCUUCAAAGCAUCACGCCGCGGUGGCGCAUAUGAAGUGAGAUGCAUGAUGUUGGCCGAUGGCACACUGAAUAGCACACACUACUGUUCUCGCCUCAUAUCCGAAUGCAUCGAUUUAUCCCUGUUGGAAAGGCAUGGAUGGAGAAAGGAGACAACAUUCAGUAAGAUGUCGAGGCCACCCUCACUCCAAGAAAACCCUCGGACUAACGCUGAUGUUGUUCUGUCUUCUUGUCUCUUCUCGACUUGAUACCUGGGCGUGCAUGAGCGCCAUCAUGAGUGUAGAGGCACGUACAUCAGCCCUAUAAUACCUCUGAACUAUAUGUUCAAAUUCCCUGGGUCUUCCGUACUUAUCGGAGACCCUGCUUCCAGGACAGGUUGCACCAUGAGGAACAGGCAUAUAUUUCAGCAGCCAAUCAUGUGUUGUGUAGAUGGAUGCUGAAGACGUCACUCAAGGAGCCUCAACACCAUGAAGCAAGUCUUGAACCAUUUAAUAUAUCCCGACAAGUGCACUUCUAAUUAUACAACACUUGUUUCAUCUAAAAAUAUAUUGACAGCGAUUCUGUGCUAACUGCACGUGCUCAGUAUCCAAUAAUGCUUCAUACGUCCACAGCUAGCCGCCUGCUAAGCGCCAGCCUUACGUCGCAUCCUAUCUCGCAGCUUUCCAGAAUCACCAAGAUCUUGGCGCUUAACAAGGGUCAAUCUAAUCUUAGAUCAGAUAUUUUGAUGCGAAUCAUCAUACCUGCAUGUUGGGAUGCCACGAGUUGAGUCUAUUCUUGGACCAUAGACGCCGACCACAACAUGCAGCAUGCGAGAAUAGUACUGGGCGUCUCGCCCGAGAUGACUUCAUCUUUCGCAAGCGCUGGCCUUUGUUCAACGAGGUUCCUGUGAUCUAGAGGCCAUGCACACUCUCCUUUUCAGGAGACACGCCCCAUCAUCAUCAUCUAUUUGUCUCCGGCGCCAAAGAACCAGGUUGCAGAGGAGCGGCAGCACUAUCUCGGUCGAUCUGAGCCACUCGAUUGGCGCUCCUGGGCCCGUUUAGGCAAGUCGAGGGUCGACAGCAAGCAAGUUGUAUGUAAGUCAUGCGGGCCCGAGGCAUUGGAUGGCCUACACGCCCUGGUCGUUCAUGUAUCUGCUCUAGGGGUCGUCUUUUACCAGGGACACGGGUCGCUUUCCAGGGAGCUGGAGAUAUAAUUAUAGGAACAUGUUGCUAAAUUAGGAUGCAGCCUCACUGUAGCCGCCGAUGAGCUGCAUGUUUUUCAACACAACCUCAUUCCUACUGUUUAUCAUGUUUCCUAGCGCCCAUUGUGUCCCUCGCAGGAUGCUUUAAUGGCGCGGAUCCCUGGCCGUUUCAAGUCUGUCCUUUGAAGGAGCACUUGUUUGCAAACACAAUGUGUAGUUGCAAUAUCAUUCCUGCCCCACGUGGUCGAGACGCCCAUGUGCCCACACCCCAGGUUCUUCCUCAAAAGAUGCACGUCUGGACUAUGGGUUAUGCAAUGUCUUGAACAGUCGCACAGCUUAGUUCCACAGGCGGCGCUUCACCACAGCAAAGAUUUGUUGAAGGGAUGGUAUGUAUGACGUCCUAGCCUCUAGACAUCUCCCUUCUCAGGUACACAUACAAAAUUAGGUGCAACCCUGUCUCGCCGGAGCCCCUUGUCCACGGUAUGACAUAUCUCAAACCAACAACUGCCGGUCCUGGCAGAUCUAGCCAUCAGGUCGGUGCAAAGAUGCCUGUGUUCCUGCAGGAACGUUAGCUGCAGCAGGUCGCGUGCAGCAAGUCACUGGCGCGUAGAGCUAUGUACCGUGGUGCUUCGAGGAUACAUAACGCUGGCACUUCUCUUGUGCGCGGCACCGCUGCUACCAGGACGCCCGUUCUUGUCGAUUUCAUUGAGCAGUUCUGUUUCCUUGCUCGAGGCAUCCGAGGCCUCAAUAGUAGGGGCUGCUAUUUCUGAGGCAUCCUUGUUUGCAUCUCCAAGUGCAGAUGUGGCGUCGCCAUCUGCUUUCCCGGUGGUCGCUCCAGCAGCAGCUCCUGCCUCUGAGUUGUUGCCGGUCCCUGUGUCCUGGUCUGCUUUGUCCUUUUCGACUGUGGAGUCAGAUUCAGGGGGGGCCAUAGCCUUUUCCCGUUCUGCUUUUUUGGCCUGUUCAACCUUGAUCUCGGCAUCAAGCUUGUCCGAUACCUUGCGGGCAUCAAGCAGACUAUUGACAGCCGCAAGGAGCUGUUCGUACUGAUGUGUCGUAGCCGCGGUGGGCAUGGCAAGUUUGUUGGGCACGUCCAGUUCGUUGAGAACAUUUGUGAUGCGGUUCUGUUGUUGAUUAGACUUGUGUGAGAACAGCUUAUUGAUUCUCUCGGUUCGGAAAGUCGGCCCAGAGCCCAAUCGAUCAUGAUGUGUCACACCGUACAAUAGCUCCUCCUGUGUCGAAAGCUUACGGCGCUCCUGUUGUUGCUGUGGCUGACCCUUUUUGUUGUUCGAAGCUGUUGGUGUAGCGGCAGGUCCAGUAGAAUCACGAGGCCCUGUGGACGCAGCUGUGCUUUCCCGUCUCCCAGCUUCUUGCGCCGCAGCGGCGGCGGUAGCGGCGGUAGACGCAGCAGCCGCUGUUUGCGGUGGUGCGGUGCCAGAAGGGCUGGUACCAUCGCCAGGCAUCAACGACUUGCGCUUCUUGGACUUGUCAGCGGUCAUUAGGUUUUGAAGAAGGUUCUGCAAGCCAGCAGAAGAUUUGAAGGCAUUGAUGUCAGUGUCCGCUCGAGGAUAAUCGAGGCGAUUAUACAACUCGCGACGUUCUUCGUUGAACCGCUCACUACGUGCCAGAAUACGCUUAAUCUCCAGCAAUAGCGAUUCCUCUUCACGAGCUUCUUCGCGCGACCGG